CAUCUCCCCCUCGGCCCCCUCCGAGACAGGAAAAACAAAAACACUAAUGGUGGUAUUUUCAUAUUUUUCAUGCACAGGUUCCUAAUUUUCUGGCUCGAUGACCCAGACGAAUCACGAAUGCACUCAUUCGUCUUCCAAUUCUGGGAAUUCAAAUUAAUGAACAUCGCCAUCCUGAAGAAAAACCCAAACACAUCGUUCGAUAUCUACACCUACGAUCCUUACACCGAAUCAAACUGCAAUCGACCAGGACCCCUGGACUUACUGGAUACUUGGAACUCGACCCAUCGAUACUUUCGCCUCAACAGCGAUUUAUUUCCAUUGACCAAGAAGCUGAAAAACUUACACGGUUGCGAGUUGGUAUGCUUCGCGAAGACAAGGCCUCCCGAUGCAAUUGUCAAAGAAAUAGGUAAUAAUACCUGGGAGCUAGAUGGAAUAGGUGGCCAGCUUAUGGAAGAGGUGAGAAAACGAAUCAACUUUACGCCAGUGAUCCAGGUGCCCAAGUUGAACGUAUCGGUGGAUAAAUAUGGUUACGAUAUAUCCUACGGGUAUCCGGAGCUGAUCACCGAGUUGUUGAAUAAUUUCACCGUGGAUUUAGGGUUUGGGAUUUAUUCGCAUAUUAUUUACGAUAAUCCGAGAGUGGAAUUUUCCACGAUUGCUGUGUCCGAGUGUUAUGGAUGGGCUGUUCCUGCUCAUAGUGGUAGGUUUUAUUGCCAUCAAUUUGAAAUUAUUUACCUAUCUAAUCAGGCAAGCAGAAUAAUACCAGUCUGGAUGUAUUACACUAAUGAAUUCAGCUUCGUAGUCUGGAUUUUGAUCUUGCUAGUGUUCAGCAGCACAGUCGUCGUGUUCCAUCUCAUGAUCAAGAUAUACUUCGUAUCAUCUCCGGUUCUACAGACUAUAGAUUACGUAUUCUUAUACGUGAUCUCGCUCCAUCUAGGCAUUUCAGCAUCGCCCAAGAUUAAAUUCUUGAAAAUAAGGAUUUGGAUUUCAGCCAUCAUACUGUACUCGUUGAUCAUCUCGUCGGCUUACCAGUCCUCUCUGGGGAGCUUUUUAACUGUGCCUUGGCAACGUGAGAAUAUCAAGACAUUUCAGGAGAUUCUCUCGGCGAAUUAUAAUAUUAUAGGAGUUCCUCAAGGCAAACGAAUCUUGCAACGGUUUUCUGCCGAUAAUUACGUCCUGAAGACGUUAUCUAAUUAUUUUCAAGUUCAUCGCGAACAUUUCGAUUCGGUGGUUUUGCGGAUACAUCGGAAGAAGGAUACGGCUACUUUUGGAGCUCAGAGUUAUUUCAGAUUCGUACAAUUUUACAUCAGCAACGAACUGAACGGCAGCAAUCGAGAUGACAUCUACUUGCUGCCUAAAUGCGUUAUUCAAGCACACGCCUCACCAUUUCUGCAUAAAAAAGGAUCACCUUUCAUUAAGCCGAUUGAUAACAUUAUAUCAUCAGCUGUUGAAUCCGGUUUGACGAAUUUUUGGUUCAAGUAUUCCACUCCCAAGAUUAUCAGAACUCUUGCGGAGAUAUUUCCACUAAGUCUUCAACAACUGAAAUUGGCAUUCGCUAUACUGGUCGUUGAACUAUCAAAAUAA